AUGGCUACAGCUCGAGCUUGGUCGCGCCCUCGCCGCGAACCAGCCUUGUCAACGGCGCCGCGACCUACCAGUGCCAGCUCGUCGAGCUGGAAUCGACAUGCAAGCAGAAGACGCCCCGCGACAUGCCUGAGCUUCGCUUCCCGCCUGACACUCGUCGAGUCCGCCUUCGCUUCAUUAACGUCGGCGCGCAUCCCAUCAACUGGGUCCCGGUCGACGAGCACGAGCCAUACAGGCCGACAACACGCAGAAGCUGCCUGUCCAGGUCUAUCGCAUUUCUGUCAACGUCGCGCAGAGGUAUUCGGGCUUCCUCCUCACCUCCGGCCACCGCAUCGGCGACUCAUUCUACCUCAUGCGGCUUGCUUCGGCGCCGACUUCCCCGACCCUGACCCGCAGACGCGCAUCGUCAUCCGCAUCGCCGAUGAGGGUCACCGACUCGCCAGGACGCUGCCGAGGAGCCGUGAGUGGAACGACCCGACGACUGGCAAUUGGACCGACCUCGACGAGAGACUGCUCGAGCCAAUCGUCGUCCAGCACGCGCCGCCCCAAGCCGACCAGAUCUCGUUCUUCAACUCGUCGCGCAUCGGACCUCUCACGACGACCGACGAGGCGGGCCUUAGCGACGGCAUCAGCUUCCUCGAGUGGACGCUCAACAACAUUAAUUGCGAGAACUUCGCUGGCUUGAACCAAGCGCUCGCCGCAACGUCCGUCUUCUACGGCUCCGACCUCGCUUCGCUCAUCACACCCAAGCUCAUCCAAGCGCUCGACGGUGCCGCGAUGUCUUCAGCCUCGACUGCUGCGAUUUUUUCGCUUCUCGCUCGGCUACCGAAGGAGGACUUCGUCGGACAGGCAUUGGAGAAGCUGGCUAUUGCGAGCGGGCUUAUGGCGUCGAAGACACAAGCCCGAAAGGCCAUCGAGGCGGGUACGAUCCAGCUCAACGGCACGCGCAUCCCGCCUAAAAGCCAUCAGCGCACGAUCAGCGAGGCGGAUCUGCUAGACAGGCGACUCGUGGUGAUCAAGGCGGGCAAGACGGCGCACAAGGCGGUGUUGCUCGAGUAG